AUGGCAUCAAGACCAAUGGAGACCAAACUCAUGAUAAUCUGUCUCAAAACUCUUCUCAUUGUCUACUCCUUUAUUUUCUGGGUUUUUGGUGUUAUUCACCUGGCAUCUGGAGUCUGGGGCAAGCUUACUUUGGACACAUACAUUUCUCUUAUUGCUGAGAACUCCACCAAUGCCCUCUAUGUGCUCAUUGGCACUGGCACCAUCAUUGUGAUCUUUGGCUUAUUUGGAUGCUUUACCACAUGUCAUGGAAGCCCAUGGAUGUUAAAAUUGUACGUCAUGUUCUUGUCUCUGGUCUUCUUGGCUGAGAUGGUGACUAGCAUAUUGCAUUUUGUUUUUUACCAUGAGAUCAAGGACACCUUCCAUAGGACAUAUACUGAAGGCAUGCAGAAUUACAAUGGGAAUGAUAAGAGAAGCUGUGCGGUGGAUGAUGUGCAGGAGAAUCUGAGCUGCUGUGAUGUUCAGAAUUAUACUAACUGGAAUACCAGCCCAUACUUUAUGAAACAUGGGAUCCCUCCCAGCUGCUGCAGGAAUGGCAGCUAUUGUAAGCCCCAGGAUCUGCUCAACAUCACUGUGGCUACCGCUAAAGUCAAUCAAAAGGAUUGUUUGUCUUGGUUUAUCACUGCCAAUCAACAUGAGAUGGUGUAA